AUGCAUGGAUGGAUCUCAUUUCUAAAAAAUCUUGAAAAGUUGCUAAUAGACCAGUGUAAUUGUUUGAGGAGCAUAGUACCAAGCAAGGUAUCGUUCUCCAGCCUAAUAGAAUUGAACAUAUCAGAAUGCAAUGGUCUUUUGAGUUUGUUCACACCUUCAACAAGCAGAACUUUGCAUCAACUGAAGAACAUGUCAGUAAAAGAUUGUGAAUCAUUAGAAGAGAUAGUGUCAAAAGAGACAGAGGAGUCAUCGGAGGUUGUUGAAGAAGAGAUAAUAGUGUUUCCUAAAUUGAAAACUCUGUCCCUUUGCUCCCUACCAAACCUUGGAAGCUUUUACAAUGGAAACAUUGCCUUAAAAUUCCCAUUAUCGGACAAAUUCUCACUAAUCGAUUGCCAAAAGAUGGAGAGCUUUUGUGCAGGUGCUCUCAGUGUUAACAGGUGGACAGAAGUUGAAUUUGAGGAGGAUAAAGAUCCAGUUUUAUUGGAAGUUGAUCUCAACUUUGCUGUACGGAAAGCAUUUGAAGGAAUGAGUACAGUUUUUGUUUGCACAUUCAUGCUAAGAGACUAA